AUGUUUGGUCCGAAAGUUAUGCCCGACGCUCAAAAAGAGCUUGAUCACUUCUUCGACAUCCUCUGGUAUCGCGAUCAGUUCCUCCAUCCCGAUGCGGUCGCCGGCCCUCGUCUGGAUGAUAAACAAGAUGGCCGUGGCAGUACCGGAAAGUUGUUCAGCAAGACACUCAAUUCACCGUCGACCAUCUAUCAUCGCAUCGUCCUAUAUCACGACCCUUUAUUCGCGACGUCUUUGAACCCGAAAUUGAAAAAGCGAUGGCUACCUGUUGAGACCUGCAGCGUGUUCUACGCCUUGGGCGAUGGCGUCUGCGGAUUUGGGGACAUUUGCCACGGCGGUGUUCAAGCAACAUUUCUAGACGAUGUCAUGGGCAUUUUCGGCAUCCUCAACGCCCGGCUGCAACAUAGAGUGGCAUCUACAGAGGUCCCUGGAAAGUGUUCACCUGAGGCAAACCAUGGGAUGUUCAACUUGGUGACAAAUAUGGUCGCUACACAAGGAAUCGAAAUCCAAUAUCUCCGGCCGCUACGAGUUCUCAAGGUUAUCCAGAUCACUGCAAGCAUGGUGGAAAUAUCACAUGACGAAAGUUCAUUCCACAUUCAUGCAUUUAUCAAAGAUGGGAAUGGAAAGGAAUAUGCAAAAGCAAAGGCGCGUUGGGCAGUGUUUCGCUUGAAGGGAAAACUGUAG